AAACAAGUGAUAACUCGAAAAUAUGAGAAUAAUAAACUGUUCUGAACAGAUCUGAAUAAGUAUAGAUAGAAAUAUUGUUCAUGUUAAAGAUACAUUCUAGAUAAUCUAAUCCUCUAAUCUAGUUUUCAAUAUAAACUUUUAUUAAUACCAAAAAUACUACUGUAGCUUGAAUCUAUCCUCAUCCUUUAGUUUCCCAUCAUUAUGACUUUCUAUCUGCAUCAAGAUUUAAGGUUAAAAUCACUAUAACAAAUUCUUGAAAGUAGAUCAUUAUAAUAGACAACAUCCUUUAAUUUGAGUUAAUCAUUUUGUAAUAACAAUUGAAGUUUUGUAUUUUGUAAUCUGAUUUGGUGAAAAAAGCCAACUUUGGUAGUUGCCAUUCAGCUUCUCUUGCCAUCCACUUGAGUGACAACAUACAUUUGAAAACGUUUCUUGUUUAUGGUGUCAUCAUCAUCAUCAUCAUCUCCAUCACUAUUCUACAUCAUCAAGUAUUUACUGUCAAUUUAGCUUUGUGUAUACAUAUUAUUCAAUUUUGUGAUCACAAAUUUAAUUUAUAAUUAUUUGGAUAUCACAGGGAUUACUGGUCCUUUGAAUAAUCAUAGUUUAAUUCAAGACAUAGGAGAGGCAGAAAAGUACAGCGUCACAAGCCCUCAUCAUGAGUUUCAUCUCUUCUGGUUGGCAAUGGAUUAAGCGGCAUAAAGGCAAGUUAUUGGUGGUUUCUGGUGUUGUUGGUGGAUAUGUUGUACUCAAUAAAUACCUAUCUGCUGUUGAACGUAAUUGGGAAAAUUCCUCGGUCAAAGAUUUUGUCUCUGAAGUGAGGAAAAAAGAGACACAUUUUGAGAAUACCAUUCAAACAUGCAAUACUACUGUUUACAACUUGACACCUCGAGUACUCUCUGUGUUGGAUAAUCUUCUUAAUUCGGAAACUAUUUUGGACAAAUUAAAGUCUAGUGCAUCUCAAGAGGAAAAAUUGUUACUCUGGGAAGAAUUAAAGAUUCGAAUAAUUACUCGUAUAACAUCAGAGAUCUAUGCACUCACUUUGUUUGUCUGUUUUUCAAGGAUACAGUUGAGUCUCAUUGCUGGUUACCUAUAUGUUGACUGCUGUAAAAAUGGUACAACACCUGGUUUAAUCAACAAAGAUAUUCAAAUGUAUUAUUUAUCUCUACUGGAAACCUUUUUCAAUCAAGGAAUCCUCAAAUUAAUUCAACCUAUUCAAGAAGCUGUUAUCCAAGCUGUCGGUUCAAUAAGCUUAAAAGAAAAGAUUGUUCUCCAAAAUCUUACUGAAAUUUUUGACAAGAUAAAGGCAAAUAUGAAUUUCUUUUUGCACUCCCCUGACUUCAAAGCAAGUCAAUACUUGGUUUCCAAAUUAAAUGAUCCUUCAGAGACACCUAAUGGUCAAGCAUCAUCUUCCAAUAACUUGUCCGCUAAGGAUAGAGCUGUGAUUGAAAAAAUGCUCAUUGAGACUGAAGAUUUGCUCGAAAGUGAUGAUUUCAAGAAAGUAUUUAUCGAAACAAUUGAUUUAGGAUAUAAAGUCAUGAUGGACCUAUUAGUUGUGUGUUUCCUCCAGAUUGAAACUGAGCCAGGAACUUCAGGAACUGAAAACUCAUUUAAAAAUCCCCAUACACAAAGUGUCCCCUUUGCAAAAUUACUGCCACCCCUGAACAGUGCACUUAAGGAAAGAAAUAAAUCAUCUGAUGAAGGACUCUCCCUAGUUCGACAUCUUCUCUGCACUGAUGUGCUCGUCUGUUUCUCGGCUAACAUUUACGAGACUUUUAGUGGUGGGCGUUUGCAGAAAAGUUAAUAUCUCACUCACAUUUCCAUUUUAAUGUCUUCUCAUCUCAUUCUUUGGUUCCAAAUGGCAAUUAAACUUAUUUUAACAGAUUAUCCCAGCAUCCAUCCUAUAAAUCUUCAAGCAAUGAGAAUUAUAUUUUUUGUGCAAACUUGUUAAAAUUCUGACCUCAUCAGGCCCCAAUCUUUCUGGAAAAAUCCUGCUAUCCAUAAUGUAGUUUAAACUUCAUUUUGGCUGUUUGACUGACUGUUACCAAUUUUUCCAAAAUUUUAUGUAUUUCUCUGCUGCUACUAGCCCAUUGGAAAUAUCGAAGCAACUAGAGUUGGUUAAAAAUGACUAAUACUUCGAUUAGUCUUCAAUUUAAACUGUUCUCAGUAGAACCUUUCAUUUGCUUUGAUUGAAUUGUCACAAAAUUUUUCUACUCAAUUGUUACUUGGUGAAUUUUUUGUAUCAACAACACAAAAAAAAUUAAAAUUCAAAGUUUUGUAUUAAUAAAGUUUUCCAAAAGACAGA